UUGAUUAUAUGUUCUCGACUAUAAAGAACGUCUGAAACCAACGUGGACGAACCGUUUACGUCGAACUUAAUCACAAGUAUGCUUAAUUCUUCGAACAAGCCUUCACCGAAUUAAAGCAAACUAACAAACUUGUACAAUGGACCAGUUCAAAAUCAUGAUUUAUUACAUAAUAAUUUAAGUGAAACUAUCUACUCUUGAAGACAUCAGAGAAUUUGUUCUUUAGCCCUUACCUGCACAGAUCGAUGUGUCCUCCCUGUGUACCUGUGGAUAUAAUUUGAUAAGUGUAGCGGGAUUCACUAUUAUAAAUCCGACGCUUUGACAGUUUACAUAACAACAGAAAAGGCGUUUUUUCAUCUAAAAUACGAAAUGUAACGAGAAACAGAUACACUGUACACCCGUCUUUUAGGUAUAUGCGAAAUACUGAGGAUUCAUUAAUCCAUCCUCGGUUGUAGCUGUACAACGUUGGUCACACACAAUAAACGCGAAACUCACAUUUAAGUUUGCAUGCGGAUUUUACACACCCCUAAACGUAACACUGCUAGAACAUUUUAACUGAUAUUCGCUGUUAUUUUAUAUGAAAUUUAUAUGUAGACGUCAAUUUUGUGAAAACAUGUUAACACUUUUGCACUCAGAUGUUCAGAAUGUCUAUUUUAUUUUUCCAACAGAUUGUAUUAUGGUCUGCAACUAUCUGUUUUAUGUGUUGUAAAACGGCUGAUUUUAACUGUUACUUUUUAUUGGGCUUCGUUAUUCUGGAAGAUGUGUUAACAGUUAUCGCCUGCAUCUAUUUUAGAAGAUUCAAACUAGUGGUGAUGAUAGUUCUGAUAUCUUUAUCAGUGGCUUUUUUGAUAACUGGAACAGUUUUGUUUUAUUUGGAUUUGAUUCUAGUGUUUGUCAGCUUGCUUAAAUAACGUGAAUAU